AUCGAAGUUGUUGGUGAAAUCAGAGUUGGCAUGAGAGUUCAGCAGUUCAGGAUCAAACGUCACUGCUUUGGACAUCACUCCAAGGAUACGCUCGCUGAUGUCGUCUACCGUAGUGUAAGCUUGUCGCAUAAUCAAACAUUGGGCGAGCAGCUGCUUGCGCGAAGCACCAGAAUGUUGGAACAAGGUACACUCACCACCGCCAACGAAUCCACGCCCGCCGACACGCUGGACGAUAGUGAGGUGUACGGCAGUGUGGUGUACGGGGAAGAGUCCUACACCUCGCUACCGUCGGCACCAUCCUCCCUGCCGCACCAUCCGGACCAGAUGCCCUUGAGCGAGUUCGAACUGCUCGAAGCGCUGCUCAACUCGUCCGCGGGCGGACCGAUGGGCAGCUUCUGGAACGCGUCCGCCACCGAAACGCCCUACACACCGUACGAGCUGCGGCCCGAGACGUACAUCGUGCCGAUACUGUUCGCUGCCAUCUUUAUCAUCGGCGUGCUCGGCAAUGGGACACUUAUAAUCGUGUUCCUCAGGCACCGGGCAAUGCGCAACGUUCCCAACACCUACAUCCUAUCGCUAGCCUUAGCCGACCUGUUGCUGAUCGUAACGACCGUGCCGUUUACGUCCAUCAUCUACACGCUCGAUUCGUGGCCGUGGGGCAGCCUGCUCUGCACGUCGUCCGAGUUCAUCAAGGACGUGUCGAUCGGCGUGUCCGUGUUCACGCUCGUUGCCCUUUCCGGCGAUCGGUUUUUUGCCAUCGUCGAUCCGCUCCGGAAGUUUCACGCACACGUAGAUCCUUUUCUAGGUGGGGGACGGCGUGCAACACGGAUGACCAUCACGACGGCGGUAUUAAUUUGGCUGCUGGCCAUCGCGUUCGCCGUACCGGCCAUCGUUGGAUCACACAUCAAGACCGUCGUCGUCAACAAGGACGUGUCGUUUUACUUCUGCUACCCAUUUCCGGACGAGUGGGGCUCCCAGUACGCCCGGGGGAUGGUGCUGGGCAAGUUUCUCGUCUACUACGCCGUGCCGCUGUUCAUAAUUGGCAUCUUCUACGCACUGAUAGCGCGGCAUCUCAUCCACAGCGCCAAACACGUACCGGGCGAGAUGCAGGGCACCGUGCGACAGAUCAAAGCCCGCCGGAAAGUGGCCAUCACCGUGCUAGCGUUUGUGGUCAUAUUCGGUAUCUGCUUCCUGCCUUCGCAUCUGUUUAUGCUGUGGUUCUAUUACAAUCCAAAUUUCAACGAAGAUUACAACGGGUUCUGGCACGUGCUGCGAAUAGUGGGCUUCUGCCUUUCGUUCGCCAACAGCUGCGCCAAUCCUGUGGCUCUGUACUGUGUGAGUGGUGCCUUCCGGAAACAUUUCAAUCGGUAUCUUCUGUGCGAUGGCAGCUCCAACAGUCGGCGACGGCACGGAGACAAUCUGGCACCGAGAGACACGUCCCUCACCAGCACCAUGUCCCGCCGUUACACCAGCAAACGGAUGCAAUCGCUACGAAUAAACAUCCAGGAGACGACGAUCGUGAUGAUACCGAACGGCAACUCCAAAUCCGACGGUGCCGUGCUCGAGAAGGAAAUGGUCUGUUUGUCGUAACAGCGAAAGCACCAUCUAGCGGGCACCGGAAACCGACCGAAGGGUGUCCCAAGGCUAGCAACGACCCACGAGCUGCCGUCGGACGAGCACACCGAGGGUGGCAAUGGCUGUGCCGGGAACGGGACCGGCAACGCUGACCAAGAUUUGUGGCCCACCAAAGGGGCGACAACCUGCGACCGGAAGGUGCCGACCGUCGGGUUUCGGUUGCCCCCGGGCCGUUCCGCCGUACGACCACGGCAGACGUGCGAAAUGAGCAAGGUUUGAUUUACGACACCUCGGUCGACAGGGCAGCUCGGUGUGUGUGUGUGUGUGUGUAGGUUGGGCUUAGGUGGGCGUGUUUGUAUGUGUGUAUGUGUGUGAGUGUGUGUGUAAAUAUGUAAGCAAGACUGUCCAUCUUCAAAAUCGGAAGAUAAUUGUUAAGUGUUUCGGGGAAGCUUUGCGGCUGAGUAAUUGGGAAGCAUACAUGACCGGCAGCCAUAUUGGGUGUGGGUAAAAAUGUUUGCGCACUAUUCUGGACAGUAAGGUAAGGCGAACAUAAACACUGAAAUGAUGCGAAUGCGUCACGUUUUUAGAAUGUUUGUACUACUAACCCAGAUGCUAUAGGGAAUUUGUUUUAGCUUUACUCUAUGAGAGCUUUUAUUGCGCCUAAAGUUAUGCAAUCGGCAUGACCAGAUUGCGCUGUUUAGAAUGAACAGACAAACUCUUCCGAUAUUGCAAAACUUUACUAAUUCUUCCUUAUGGUGCAUGGUCGUCCAGAACCGGUCUGUAGUCAAGCACGUAACAGACAACCCAAAUCUACACACUCUCAACAGAAUGCUGCCAAUGUUUAUGCAGCCGGCACAAUUUCACAUUCGGCAUCGUCUUGCAUUCGUGAUACAUUCGAUAAAUUUCCGGAAGAGCCAACAUUUCACAGGAAGCCAUCUGGCCUCAGCCCACUUUGCUACCGUAAGAGUAAUUUGUGGCUUAUCAUGUCAGGAAUUUGUCUUCGACGGUCUCAGAAUCUCGCCUUCGGUCGGUAGCAAUUUCGAUUCAAUUACCUCCACAGUGGAUGCAAAUAUUCGAGCUGUAACCGUAUCGCAUUAAUAUUCCACACGCACGCACGCCUCCCCGCCAUUCGGUUUGCAAUUGUUUGCAAAUGUCAAAGGUUUGCUUGAUUCAAGCGAAUGGCAUCGGUUGGCAGAACCAAAACAGAUUCAUUUUGUUGCAGGUUAGCAUGCGCUUGUUUUUAUUUUUAUUUAUCUACAUUCAAGAAAUAAAAACAUUCUUCCCAUAAAAUAACACACAAAGUCACAAAAGAAAGGGAGGAAAAUUAAGCCUUUUUUUGUCCCACAAUCCCUAACCACAAAAGAGAAAUCAUUGCCACGGCUAAAUGAUUUUCCCUUCCAAGAUCAAGCAACUGGAAAUGCUUUUUGCUUUUCCAUUUCACUCCAACGUUAAAGGGCAUCAAAGCAGGCCGGGAAGACGCCCUUCCUAGAAGGCCCUCGGCUCGGCUUCCUAUUCUCCUGUAUGUCUGGUGUCACUUUACGUCAUAAAAUGCCGUUCAAAGUUGAAGUUUAUGAUUGAAUUCGGUGCGUUUAAGUGCUGUGUUGCUAAUAUAUGCGGGUUAAGGAUGGGUUAUAUAGGGUGUUUCUUGGAGCAGCAUUGACAUGAAAGAACAGGUCAGGCAAAAUGUGUUUACCCACUGUCCAAUGCCAGUUGUUAGGUAGCAAUUGUUCGUUGAACUUUUGCCGAAGCAGCUAAGUGGACAUCCGUUGUUGGAGAGGUUGUUAAGAUUAAAUCACAGGAAAAAAGGUUCCACCGAAAACGACUUCACAAACCCCAAACCGCUUCAAACAAGUUCAACUGCAGCGAGAUUGCAAACACUCGAAACAUUCUAAUUACAAGAUAAUUUCCUCCCGCACGGUGCUGUCUUAUUGUUUCCGAGAUAAACGCGCGGUGAAGGCACACAGAAAGAGACCAGACAAAAUCCGGCUCCAGUAGAAGCAAAACAACAAAAACAGGGGCAAUCCUCGUCCAGGAGCAGUCUUACGCUUAUCGCUCUAAUUGUCCCAGUGGAAAUAAAUGUGUCAAAAGAAGCAAACUGUCCUGGCAACUGGCGAGUAAGAACAACUGGCGAAAGGUUAAACACAGUCACCACAAAUUAACUGUGGAACUGUGAGCGGUUGUGCUUUUUCGUGCAAUGUGCCACAGAAAUGCUUGAAAUCACGGUCCCGAUAAAGUGCCACCGUCGGACGGAGCUUUAUCGCGACGGACGGACGCUCGAGCUUAAGAUUAUUAGUCAAACAAUUAGGGCAACAAUGGCAUUGCGAGAUGCCCGUUAGGUGUGCGACUUUUUUGCGGUAAGCAAAAGAGGGAUAGGAGA